CCCGAAAAGACACUUAGAUGCUUACUUUCCAUCACGCGACAGUGUUUUUAUUGAUAGCGACACAGUUUUUUUCACUAGAACCCUGCGCUGAGACUCGUCUCAGUCGCGCCAUGCCACAGCUUUUGCACUCCGUACUAUCUAAGUGCGAUGGUAGUUGUAUCCACUCUGCCUCAUCACAAAGCCUAACUCGUCCUCCACGGGCCGAAGCAGUAGCAUGCCGCGCAUGCCUCCGGCUAGCAAGCGCCGCGCGGCCCUGGACUCACCUCCCCGAUGACCGGACAGUAACAAAUUCAAUUGCAACAGCAAGAGCAAUUCCUGGUCAACCGGUCGGCGGUUUCAGUCGUGGUUGCUGCAGCCAUGGCCUUGAUUGCAACAUCGCCGAUAGCAGCAGAAGCAGCUCGGUCUCUGGCGGUCGCUACGGUACCAUAAAGCACAGCGCCGCACCGGACAGUGCUUGCAUGUACGGCGCUGGCGGUAGAAGCUGCUACCGCUCCGCAGCCUCCAGCAGUACAAUUCUUUCAAGGGACAACCAACGCCCCGCACUGCUUUCCGGGGCCCCAACAUCCGUGGCGACAGUAGCGACGGCAGCGGCAAUUGCGGCGCCAAUGCUGCUGCUGCUGUCAGUAGACGUCCAUGUGGCUCACGCUUUUGAGGCUGUGGAAGCCGCCGGUACCGCCGUGGCUGCUGCUGCAACUGCUACAGCAGCUGGCGAGUUAACGGCGGCAGUAACGACGGCUGCAGCAGCAGCAGACGCAACACCCACUGCCCAUGGCGCUUACGUACCAAGCCCGUUGGAGCCCGGAUGGGAGGUGUGGGUCGGCUUUGUGGCAGGAGUGGCACCCUUUGUCAUCGGGGCGUAUGAGUUCGGCAAGCGCAUUCUCAUUCAGCGUCGUUGUGAGGUGUGCGGCGGGCGAGGUCUGGUUGCCUCAUCAGGCGCCGGCAGUGACAAGUACCUGCGCAAAUGCCCUCAGUGCGGCGGCUUCUUCCCCUGGAUCAGUUGGAAGCUCUUCCUCACCUCCACUGCGGCGCCCGGCAACGGAGGCCCCCUGCAGCAGCCUCGAGGCCAAACCAGCAUCCUCUACUCCGUACCUGAACCCGCGGAUGCAACCAAGCAAGCGGAGGCCAGGGCGCGUAGCCAGAGCGCCAUAGAUGCCUGCCAGGACCCAGGUCGACGCCCGGGUAGCCCAACCCAGGUGGCUGCUGAGAUUCUUGCUGAGGGCAAGACGGAGGAUGCCGAUGGCUCUGCUACUGUCGCUGCUAGUGCUGAGGCGCGUGCCGGACAUGGGGGCUGCGACCCUGGACAUUCUCUCGAUGCGAGUGCAAAGGAGAUGAGCGGACAGGAGUAACAGAAGGGGAACGGCGGCGAGGAAGAGGGGCCCAGCAGCGCAUUUCUUGGUACACAGCCGUGCCUGCUGUGUUGCGCAUGUAAGCAUUGGAUCAAGGAUUGGUGGAUCGCUCGUUCUUCUUCAGCUAGCUGCCCAAUCAAACUAGGCCGAAUUGUACCAGAUCAGACAGGAGAACAAAAGCAGAGGAUUGAUGUAAGGCAGGCCGAUAGUGGUUUUUGAGGGGUGUGAGGUUGCUACACCGACCUUACCGCUCAGCUAAGUGAGACACUUCUGCGUUUCUUCAAUUGGGGCUGGGUGUGCUUUCGGCCUUGUCAGUUGGGGCUAGGAAUUCCUCAGCAAGGCGUCAAAUGGGGGCAUAAAAAGCCGAGAGCCCGGAAUCCUUACGGCGCUCAUGGCAGCUUCUG